GUUUUGGGGUUGGCCAGCAGCCUUUAUAAACAGCAGGACUGAUGCAACAUCAUUAGUUUCUUUGGAAAACUUGACAGCAGCGCAUCUGAUGAGACUCUUCACAAAUAUGACUGAGCAGCCAAGCCAGGAAGGAUGAGUUCGAAGGCAAAGAAAAAAUCUCGAACGUCCUUCGGGGCAACGGCACCGCCCUUCAUCGACUACCUGCAGGAUAUUCUACGUCGAUAUCCGGAUGGUGGACAAAUCUUGAAGGAGCUCAUUCAAAAUGCAGACGAUGCUCAAGCCACAGAAGUGGUUUUCAUCCAUGAUGAGAGGAGCUAUGGGACUGAGAGCCUUUGGACCGAUAAACUGGGAGAAUACCAAGGUCCUGCUCUCUAUGCCUACAACAAUGCAGCAUUCACUGAUGAUGACUGGGGUGGAAUUCAGAUGGCAGGGAGGAGUGUCAAGCGCAAUGAUCCAAACAAAGUUGGGAGGUUUGGAAUUGGCUUCAACUCUGUUUACCACAUAACAGAUGUGCCAAGUAUAAUGAGUUCGGAGCACCUUGGCAUGAUGGACCCCCAAGAAAAAAUAUUUGGAGAAAGACAGGGAGGUUUUCUGUGGUCUUUGGAUGAUGCAGAACACCAAGAAGCUCUAACGACUAUGCAUGACCAGUUCCAACCCUUUCGAGAUAUUGUUUCGCUUGUAAGCAGACAAGAAUGGUCAAAAGUCAUCACUGAAGAUCAGCACUUUGAAGGGACAAUCUUCAGGUUCCCCUUGCGCAAAGAGGCAUCAGAUAUAUCAGACAACCUAUAUGACUCAGACAAGGUGGAGGAGCUUUUUGAUAGCUUCAUUGCAGAUGCAGACUUGAGCCUUCUGUUCCUGAAAAAUGUGACCUCUGUGUCCUUGAUACAUAUCGACGUGCAUGGUACUGUUAACACCAGACUUGAAGUGAAAUCCUCAUUCCCCACAGAUGUUGUUCUGAAGCCAGAGGACAAGUCAAUCAUUGAGGGUUCAACAAGGUUCAAAUGUAUAACCCUCAGCUCAGAAGACCACAAAGCAACAAAAUGGCUUGUGACAACAUGCACCAUGAAAGAAGGCAAUGUAGAAAAUCUUGACUUACUAGCAAAAAAGUUGAGCUUUUCCCCUCAAGUUGACUUGGCAUUCCCUUGUGAUGAGAAGAAAGAUUGUAGUGAGAGUAGACUGAGCUGCUUUCUCCCUCUCCCAAACAAUGAAUCCAACAAGACAGGACUCCCAGUUUAUGUCAAUGCAUGCUUUGGCCUCACAGACAACAGAAGACACAUCAAGUGGCAAGAGGAGGACCAGAAACACGACGAACAUGCUGUGUGGAAUGAAUUGCUGAUGAAGGAGGUGCUCCCACAGGCAUACCUCAUGAUCAUUCAAGAUUCUAUCAAACUUGCCCAAAAAUCUGCUCUGCCUGUCUCUACCGUGUACAAUCUGUGGCCAGAUAUUGCCCAGAUAAAGCACAAAGACAGAUGGUAUGCCGUUGCUCUGGAUGUUCUUCAUCACUUAUUCAGACAUAAUGUGGCUGUCCUCUCUCUGGCCAAAGAUGAAAAAGAGUUUAUCACUCCCUCAGAAGCUGUGUUCCCCUGUAAUGGUCCAACAAGCCUUGACACCUUAGCCGCCAUUAAAAGGACUUUGGUUUUCUGUGGAGAAAAUCUUGUCAAUUUGUCAGAUCAUGUUGCAAGAGCUAUAAAUGAGGCCUAUCCACAGCUCAACACCCUAAAACACGUGACUCCAACUUUCCUAAGGAACACUCUCCGCAGGAUCAGCAUGCACAUCAUCUCUAAAGACGACAAACUCUCCCUUUUGGAGUAUGUUUUGAGUGAUGGAAAAUACAGAGAACUCGAGGGUCUUCAGCUGCUUCCACUCAACGAUGGCUCUUUCAGAUCUUUCACAGACAGAGAGGAGGACACUGCUUUAAUUGACAGCAAUGAAUUCCCGAGAGUCCUGCUGCCAUGCUGCAAACACCUCUUCAUCCCAGAUGAUCUCAGUCCAGCCUGCAGUGCCCACCUGAAAGAACUGGGCAGACAAAAUUUAUUCAAGGUCAUCAACAUUGAUGCAGGGCGGGUGGCUGAAUAUACAAGGAGGUUUUUGCCACAGGACUGGAAGCAGAUGAGGACAGGGCUUGUUACCUGGGACAUCAGCAGCAGCAGUCAACAUCCUCCAUUAGACUGGCUCCAAGAAUUCUGGAAAUUCCUCAACACUCACUUCAGAGAGUUAAGUAAUUUUACUGGAAUGCCAUUAAUACCAGUCAGUCCCCUGUCUGUCAGUCAGCCUGUGUCACUAGCAAGACUAGAGCAGAACACAACUCUCAUUUUUCAGAAAAGCAAGCGAAUGAACUUGCCAGAACAAAUAGCUCAGCUGAUGAACAAAGUCGGUGGUACAGUGGUAAGAGGAAACGAGUGGCUCAAGCACGAAGACCUGGACUCUUAUGUGCUGUGCCCAUCUCCGAGAAGUGUCAUGAAAGUCUUGGUGAAUUUAGAUUCUCAGAAUCUAAUCAGAGAACUCAAGACUACCUCUCACAAUGCACGAGAAGAACUAAAAGACUACCUCUCUCGUCUGGAUUCUCUUUCAGUCACUGAGAAAGACUUGCUCUCAAAGUUGCCUCUGUUUCAAACCAUGAAAGGGUCUUGUGUUGCAGCUCAAUCAAAGCAGGCUGUGCUUCUAAUUUCUGGUCUAACAAUACCAACAGAGUUCCCCAUGCCUGAUUCAGUUGUGCAGUGUGCAACUGAGGCUGAUCGCAGACUGUUACAGCUGCUCAAAGUUAAUCUCUUGGACACUGCUGAAGCAGCAAAUCUCCUCAUUGACUGCAUUGAGAGGGGGGCUUGCAAAAAAGAAGUCACUGAGAAAAUCAUGACAUGGAUUUUACAGCAUGGUGGUAUCCUUUUCUCUCAAAAUCAGAUCUUGAAACGCAGAUGUAAGGACUUGAGCUUCAUUGAAGUGAAUGGAAAGCUGAAAAAGAUCUCAAGCUUUUUUGAUCCAAGAAUUGAAAACUUCAAAGUCAUUUUUGAGUCUGAUUUCUUUCCCCCACCUUUAUACACUCACACAUCCCAGAUGCUUCAAAGCCUAACAGAUCUUGGAUUGCUAAAUAAAGAAGUAGAUGUGUCACCUGAGCACUUGCUGCACGCCGCCAUGCUCAUUGACAAACCACAAUGUGACUCUGAGGCUCUCAGUAGAGCUCAGGUGCUCUUAAAGAUGCUAGAUACUAAUGAUCUACUCUCAAAGUUUUCUCAAGAGCAGCUUCGUCGCCUCAAAAUGCUAAAAUGGGUCCCAUGUGCUAAACCUGGUAAUGACAAAAAACACUCCAAUGACAAAACUCAGAUAAGCUGUUUCUUCUGCCCUGAUGAAAUACGACAUUCUGUGUAUGAGGACAUUGUUGGGCAUGUAAUGCCUCUGGUCGGAAAGUUUAGUGACCGAGUUAGCAGCCAACUUGGUCUCAAACGCCUACCCCCACCUGAAAAAGUGAUGGAGAAUUUGUCAGUCUUAAAAUCAAAGGCACAGAAAAUGGCUGAUCCUGACAAAGAUGUGGAUUUCAAAAGGCAGUUGUAUAGUAUUUACAAACACAUGCAAGACCACAUCUCUGAAUUUUCAACAGUGAUGAACAAGGACACACCCUGGCUGUGGAGCCACAACCAGUUUGUAUCACCACAGGAUCUGGUUCUGGACUAUCCAAUCAAUCUCGAUCUGAGCUCUUACAUUGGGAAGGUGCCACGUGAAUUUUUGCCAUACAAGAAGUUGCUCCAGGAGUUUGGCCUCAGAACAAUGCUUUCAGAUGAAGAAAUCAUUGACAUUCUUCAUUCUGUCCAGCAAAACAUUGAGGGAAGGCAACAGCCAUUUGCAAGUUCCUCUGAGGUAAAAGUGUCGAUAGAAAUUCUCAACUGGCUGUGGAAAAAGAAGAAGACAGUUCAGGAUGACAUCCCAGUGCCAGUCCUCAUGGAGGGUGAACACCAUACCCUUAAACCACUGUCAACAGCAGUGUUCUGUGAUGUGAGCAAAAAUGGGUUGAAGGAGCUUAAGUACAGCCAGGAGGAAAUGUAUGUUGUACAUGAGGAAAUCCCAAAAGCAGCUGCUGAAUGGUUUAACAUCCGAUUUCUCAGUACCCACAUCCUCGAUCCAGAGUUAGUCGGAAUAGAGCAGUAUGGACAAUCUGAACCGAUAACGACAAGGAUUAAAAACAUUCUUAAAGAGUAUGAUGAAGAAAGUGACAUCUUCAAAGAGCUAAUUCAAAAUGCAGAGGAUGCUGGGGCAGAGGCCUGUAAAUUCUUGGUGGAUUUCAGAGUGCACAAAGAUGCCCCUGAAAGUCUCAUCGACCCUGACAUGACCCUUUGUCAGGGACCUUGCCUUUGGGCAUUUAAUGAUGAGCAGUUCACAGCUGAGGAUUGGAAAAAUAUUGUCAGAGUUGGCUCUGCCUCGAAGGAAAACAAGGUGGAAAAAAUUGGAAAGUUUGGACUUGGAUUCAAUACUGUGUAUCAUGUGACAGAUGUUCCUUCUAUCCUCAGUGGCAACAGUCUUCUCAUCCUCGAUCCAAAUGUAACUCAUCUCAAGAAUCACAUCAAAUAUCAAACAAAUCCUGGAAUCAAGCUGGAUCUCUCUAAACAACGACUUUUUGAUUGGUUUCCUGGUCAGUUUGGACCGUAUGAACGCAUUUUUGGUUGUAAUUUCAGCAGACAAAGUCCCUCUGAACCCUAUCCAGGCACUCUAAUCAAACUGCCUUUCCGAACUGAAGAAGAGGCUCUCAAAUCAGAAAUAAGUGCAAAGGUCUAUCACAAACACAAUAUCAUCACUUUCCAACAGCACCUAGCCAACAAUUCACAAACCCACCUGCUGUUUUUAAAGAACAUCAAUACAUUAUCUCUACAAAGUAUCUCAAACGAUGCAUCAACUCCACCAAGAGAUGACGAAAUAGAAACCACUGUCACUGUCUCCAAAACCACUGUGAGUACAAUGAGGAUUCCAGAUGAAACCAAUGUGUUGAAGCAGAAUCAAGCUGAGAAAUCAUUGAUGAAACUUGAUAGGAAAUGCAAAGAGGUCAUUGACUGCUGCACAGUCAACAUUGUCCAAAUAACCAGUCAGCAAUCUGGUGUAACUGAAGUCCAGACUUGGCUCCUGUACAACUGUUUUGGGACACAUCAGUCUUUGCAAAUGGCCCUUCAAGAAAACAAGCAAGCCCAGUUCUCUUUGCCUAUUGGGGGGAUUGCUGUGCCUCUCCAAAAUGAUCCACAACCUGGGAAACUGGCCUCAUUACAAACAGAUCUGGUUGGACAGGCAUUUUGCUUCCUUCCUCUUUCCAUUCACACGGGUCUUCCAGUCAAUGUAAAUGGAACUUUUGCUGUGACAAGCAACCGAAAAGGUCUGUGGGAGAGUGGGGUGAAACAUGAAUGGAACAAAGCCCUUCUUCAGGAUCCUGUGGUGACAGCAUAUGUUACUGCACUUUUGGCACUAAAGAAAAUGUCUGAAAACAAGCAACUGGAAACCUACUGUUAUCACACCUUUUGGCCUGACAGACAGAAAGUGAGUGAAACCUUCAAGCCUUUGGUUGAUGCAUUGUACUCUACCAUUGCUCAGGAUUCCAUUGGCCCAGAGCUCUUUAGUGAUGGAGAACACUGGUGCUCGAUGGACAAGGCCAUAUUCCUACACAAGAGCAUAGAAGAGGAUGAAGACAUCAGUGCACUUGCAGUGCAGGUGUGCAAGAAACAUGUUAAAGCACCCAACCGUGUUGUUCCUUUUCCAGGGUGGUUGAGAAAUAGCUUCAAACAUUCUGGCCUAGAAAAGGUUUUACUGAACAGAACAUGGAACUGGCACACGUUUUACCAAGAAGUGGUGUUUAACAACCUUGAUGCCAUGGACCCUAAGAGUCGAGAUACUCUUGUGCUACAUGCUAUUGACCUUAAUAUCAAAGAAAUCGACAAACUGCUGGUCUGCUAUCCAUGCAUCCCCACAAAAGACGGACAGCUCCAGCACAUCAAGAAGCUUGUGAAUCCGUCAGGCAAAGUGGCCUGUCUGUUUGAACAAGAUGAAGGACGCUUGCUUGGUGGUACCAAAAAUGACUUUUGCUCCCCCAAAAGGAUUCAGCGCUUGUUGGAACUUGGAAUGGCAGAUGAUAAUCUCACAUUGGAAGACAUCACAGAGAAAGCAGGCACAAUCCCCCAAACCUGGAGCACUGACAAAAAGAAAGCAUAUGGGCAUUUGAAUUGCCUUCUUGAACUUAUGAAGAAUCACAUGAAAGACACAAAGUCUUUCCACUGGGAAACGCUGAGGAUGACUGCAUUUCUCCCAGCGUUUUCCCCCGGUGAUACUAAAAUGGAAAGAAAUGUGACACUUAGAAGGCCCACUCAUCUCUUUAGUGACAAAUGCUCCCCGCUCAUUAACAUGACACAGCACGUACUGGAUCAUAUCAAUUUAAAUAUACACAACACUGAUCCAGUCCUACAAAUUUUGGGAGUUCAUGACAGUCCAACGCCUGAGCAAGUGCUUCAGCAACUGCAAGAGGCAUGUGAGCAAUCUCAAUCCAUUGACAGUUCCAUGCUUCACACAAUAGCAUUUGAAUGCUAUGCGUUUCUGGAUCAGUGGUUCUGUGAUUAUGGUGACUCCACUUUCAUUUCACAGAGAGCAAACUCAUUCCCAUUCAUUCUUGUUGGCAGUACAUUUGUAAAGGUGAGCUGUGUAGCUGAAAGUGAGCAAUUUGAAGCAAAACCCUAUCUCUAUGCACUCCCCCAUGCCUUCAGUGGUUUCAGGACGCUCUGGGAAAGUGUGGGGGUUGAAAAAUGUUUUACAACCAGUCAAUUUCUAACUGUGCUCCAGGAACUGCACUCUCAACAUCAUAACAAGCCCUUGCCAAAGAGUGACCUAUCAGUUUGCCUCACAAUUUUAAAAGGAGGAAUAUAUGAGGCCAAAGAGAAAACAAUGGGGGACUGUCUGGUACCCAAUGAACACAGUGUUUUACAACCAGCAAGCAAGAUGUUUUACAAUGACAGCCCAUGGAUGCCAGUUGCUCCAGGUGUCACAUUAUGCCACAAGGAUAUCCCACGUGUUAUGGCUUGCCACUUUGGAAUCAAAACUACCAGACAUCAUACCCUGCAAAACCAUGAAGUUGAGAACCUUUCACCAUUUGCUUUUCAUUUUGAACAGAAGGAAGAACUAACUGUUCGGAUUAAAAACAUAAUUUCAGCCUAUCCAGCAAAGAAGGAUAUCCUUAAAGAGCUUAUCCAAAAUGCGGAUGAUGCAGAGGCAACAGAAAUUCACUUUGUUUGGGACAAACGACAGCAUGGCAAAGAAAAAACAUUUGGGAAGAAAUGGAACCAACUGCAGGGUCCAGCACUGUGCGUGUUCAACAACAGAGUAUUUACUGACGCUGACCUGGCUGGCAUUCAGCAGCUCGGAGAAGGAGGAAAGCACAACUCUCCAGGGAAAACUGGAAAAUAUGGAGUAGGAUUCAACUCUGUUUACCAUCUUACUGACUGCCCCUCAAUCCUCACUGGAGAUGAACGACUCUGCAUUUCUGAUCCCAAUCAGAAAUACAUUGAAAGUUACUCAGGAAAAUCACGAGCUGGCGCUGGCUAUAAACUGGCUGACACUUUCAAGAACAUGUACAUGGAUGUCUACAAAUCCUUUCUUCCAGACAAAUUCCAUCUUAAAGAGGGCACCAUGUUCAGAUUACCUCUAAGGAUGGGUACCAUGGCAAACAGCUCUAAAAUAUCACAGCAGGGAGUCACUGACCAUGACAUGGAAGAACUAUGCUCUGCACUCUCUGAAGAUCCUGAAGGACUAAUUCUGUUUCUGAAAAACAUCUGCAAAAUAGAAGUCCAUGAAAUCAAUGAACAUUCAGGGAAACUCAAAACCAUCUUCACGGUUGAAAAAAGUCUACCAGAAAAAUGCAGAGAAAGACGAGAAGCUUUCUUAGAACUUCAACAAAAUGCACUUAAAUCUGAUGAGCCAGUAAUGCCAGACAAGGCGAUUUAUGGAACCAUGAUUUCAACCUCCAAUAAAAGACAAACUAAAUGGAUCAUUGCAGAACAGUUUGGCUCAUUCAAAGACAGUGGUAAUGGAAAACUGACAUUAUCAGACAAACUUCCCCAAGCAGCAAUAGCGGCACGUGUGAGCUCAAAGAUCGGAAAGAGUUCAGAUCUACCACCAUCCAGCUGUAUGGAUUUCAGUGGAGAGGCCUUUUGUUCACUUCCUUUGCCAGGGAAAACUGGACUGCCAGUGCAUGUCAAUGCAAACUUUGAGGUAGAUUCUGCAAGGAGAAACCUUUGGAAAGAAGAUGGGCAAAGUCGAAAAUCUAACUGGAAUGAAUCUUUGAAACAGAAUGUCAUUGCUCCACUGUAUGCAGACCUCCUUCAUUACAUCAGCAGUACCAUUGCAAAAAAGAAAGUCCCUUAUACACAAAUUGAGUAUUGCUUCAGUAACUCAUACUUGUGUUUUUGGCCAACCAUCUCCAAAGAUGUUGGUCAGGAUUGGCAGGAAAUGAUACAUGAGGUCUACAGAUCAAUCAACGAAAGAGGCCUUGAUGUGAUUCCAGUGAUGAGGAGUUCAACACGAAAAAUUGCAGAACGAGAGAUUAAGGAGUACUCUUUUGACUGGUGUAACAUCAGAGAAACUGAAACAACUAAGGCACCUUACUUGACAGACUCGAGAAGAGACGAGAUUAAUCCCAUUUUGGAAGAUCUCGGAAUGGCAUUGGUUCCUUCUUCCAUGCAAAUGCGAAAAGUUUGGGAAAGUUUUAGAUCAGCUGGCAUCGACGUGAAAGAUGUGAAUCCUUCAACUGUGCGAAACUUUCUGAGAGAAAAACCUCUCAAUGACCCAACCCAAACAGAUGGCGAUUUACCACUGCCCAUAACUACCACUCUGAUCGGAAAUGGGACAAGAUGUUCAAAGCUCUUGAGUUUCUGCUUAGAGGAUGUUGAUUUGAAAAAUGUCAACUCCGGUUUGCUCAAUGGACUUCCACUUCUUCUCACAAGAGAUAACGUUUUGAGAGUGUUUGACUCCAAAACUCCCAAGCUGAUAUCAAGGUAUCACAGGCUUUUCUUUGGCUACGAGGACCAGUUUGCAGAUUAUACAACCAAUGAACGCCACCUCGGUAUUCUACAAACUUUAAACCUUGUCAACAGUUUGACUGUUACCUGUGCAAUGAAAUAUCUGAGGCCAUUAAUUCAGCAGCUUCUUCAGAACUGUGAAGUUGAUCCACACAGUGGUCUUCAUGUCCCAAGCGAGAUAAUGCUGAAGUGGUUGGAAUUACUUUGGAAGUUCUUAACAAGUGAAAUGAAACCUGCAACAUCUAGCAGUGGUAAUCAGAGUCUGACACUAAGUGAUGUGAGGCAGCUCUUCAGUGACUGCUGUAUUUUACCUGUUGUGUGUCCAAGGCUGAAGAACAAGCACUACCUGCAAACAAUGAGAGACAUGUCAAGUGUGAUUCAGUUUGCCUCAGAAAAGGACAUAUCAGACAUCCUCUUUAAACUUGGUUUUAUGAAGCUUGACAGUGCAUUCUUCGCUAGGAUACAUGUAGACCGACAAGAACGUUUACUUCUGUACCCUGAACUCAUGGAUGUGAAUGAUAAAAGCUCUGUAUUGGACCAGGUCUACAACAUUAACCACUCAGAGUUUUCCCAGCUUUCCACUGAUGAGAUGAAAGAGCUUCAGGUUUUCCUGCAGUCUGGAGUAUCCAAGUGCAAAGACAAACAAGAUUAUCAGAGAAAGCUCAAGUCCCUGCCAUUAUUUGAAACAAUACAUGGUAACCGAGUGAGGAUUGAUGGACCUAAUGAGGUAUUUAUCCUCAACAGCAGAUAUUCAAGAACAUUUCCAGAUUUGUUCAACCUCCCUGGCAGCAACAGCAUUUUUCUCCAAUACAAUCCAGACAACUGCAGUCUGUCAGAAACCUUGAACAUCAAAAUGCUGACUGAUGUGGACUAUUUCAUGAAGUUCAUUCUGCCCAAAGUACACACACUCACAGAGAUGCAGAUGCUUCAGUGCCUCAAACUGUUACUGUCACGGCAUUUCAGUUAUUUUCAGUACAAGGACAACAUCAUAUCCUCUAUGAAGACAGUGAAAUUGAUUCGCAGUUCUCAAGACAGAUUGGAGACAGCAUCAUACUACUUUGAUAAGAGUGUGCAGCUAUACAAGAAAAUGUUGCCCCAAGAGAGAUUUGUGCCUGACAGAUUCUGGACAGAGUUGUGUGAAGGAGAUGAACAAAUGACAGAACGAGCAAUAGAGUUAGUCAGACAACUUGGAAUGAAGCAUGUUGUGUCAAAAGAUGACAUAAUAAAUUUUGCUCAACAGUUAGAAUCAGAAGCAAAAGGAAAUGGUCAACUUAAAGAGUUGAAACUGAAAUCAUCGUUAAUUUUCAGAGCAGCCUUGACUAUAGUGAGUAAUGACCCAAAAGAGGAACGGCUGCUGGAGAGCAUAGCUGACAUCAAGUUCAUCUUCCCAGUGAAAAUUCAAAAAGAACUGUGCAACUACCACCAACCAUUUGCUGCUGAGAAUACUGCUGUUAAAAUCAGAGGAUCUUUGAUGGAAAGCGAUCCUGGGCAUCAAGAACUGAUUUGGUCUUCAAUGCCAAUUAUACAUCUAGAGGUUUAUAAGUCACAGAAGCUCCUGAAAAUGAUGAAAAAUGCAGGAGUGCAUGAACAACCACCUUCACACUGUAUAACCAGUAACAUCAGCAACAUCUGUCAGUCGCCCUGUAAAACUGACCAGUUGAUCAAAACCCGUGCUAACGUGUUUCGAAGUGCGUAUAAAUACCUGCAAGCAAACGGGUUUAAAGACCAACAAUUAGCUGGCCUUCCUGUUGUGUUGGUUGAAAAAGACAAAGAACUUGUGAGGACUGACGAUGCAUGUUUUUCACUUCCCCAUGCCCACGAGUUCAGGCCGUAUUUGUACAGCACUUCUCCAGAGGAUGUCAUGUUCGCAGAGUUCUUCAAGAAAAUUGGUGUGCAGGACCAACCUACUGCAGUGCAGUACUGUAAUGUUCUGGCAGCAGUUUAUGCUGAUUCCUGUGAUAAACCACAGUUAAACCCAAACCAACAGAAAACAGUGAAACGUGCUGUUGAGCAGUUUUUCAAGUUAAUCAAAACUCAAGGAAACCAGUCCUUUGUUGAUGUUGUGAAGACUUUGUAUCUUCCAGCAGUAGAUGGUAAAUUACAUCCAUCAUGCACACUCUACUACAAUGACACAGUGUUUGAGACCAAAAGGUUGGAAAAAGCCCUGGAGAAUAAGUUCCUGUUGCUUGAGAAACUCAGUGAAUGCCAUUUGGGCAGUGACAUAUAUGAGCAUUAUCAGUUGCUGCAACUGCUUCCUCAGAAAUUCAAGCCUAAAAUGCUGUCUCAAUUCACUGAGGAGAAAGUUAUGGAAGUGCAAAUGGAGCUCUGUGAGCUUGAUACUGACUGUGAAUUCAGAGGAUUAUUUGGCAGACAGCUGUCCUCGCCAGCAUUUACUCAUGGACUGAUUUGUCUUAUCAGAGAGCAGUCUCAGGGAAAAAUAACACAAAAAGAUGCUACUGACAUGUGCAAGAAGACUUUUGGCAGUAUUCAGAUUGUCUGUUGCAAAAGUCUGAAAACAAAGCUUUGGGUCAAUAACGAGCCACUACACAAAACUGCCACUAAAACCAAUGUUUUUGUCAAACAAGAGCAACAAGGUUGCACCUUUUACUUAAAACACAACGACAACAUGGUUUACAAGGUGAUAAGUGAUGUCAAUAUGACACUGACAAGGGAAAUCAAUGCUCUUUUAGGCAACAGACUGAAAUCAAGUCACCUCCUAGUCCUUGCACAGCUUCUCACGUGUGAGAAUAUGCAAGAUGUUCUGGAAACUCUGGCUAAGUAUGGGAUCCAUGACAGUGCUGAAACUGAGAGCUUCCUCCUCAAUCCACCAGACCCUGGGACAGAAAUUCCAGAGGAAUGGCAUGAUUCCUUAGACAUGAACAUCCUCAAUAACUUUGAAGAGGGGGAAUAUGUUGGCUACAGCAUUGACAACAAGUAUAUUUAUGCAGUUAUUGUUGAAGAACUGCCUGGGCACUCUGGACCAUACUCACAGAGAUACAAAAUAGAUAUUGGAGAAGACGAGCCAAUUGAAGUCAGUUGUCUCGACCUGUAUCAGUUUAAACGACAGAAAAAGCCUGAACCUGAAGCGAGGACGAGCACAUGCAUGGAGCUGGUGCCACUAAUAGGAGCCGUGCCACAUUCUUCCCAACCAUCAGCUUCAGGUUCCUCAUCUACGAGAUCCACACCAGCCACUAUUGAUGAAGCUAAAAGGGAAAUUGACAAGUGUUUGUCAGAGAUCUGGACUCUUCCUGAGGAGGAGAAGAAAAAAGCCAUCAAACGACUGUACCUCAGAUGGCAUCCUGACAAAAACCCUGACUGCCUGCAUCUCGCCACUGAAGCAUUCAAAUACUUGCAGAAUCGAAUCGAUGAGCUCAUCAAAGGCAAAGGCAAAGGCAAAACUGCAGGCUCGUCCUAUUCACAUGGCACCUCAAAUUUCUAUUCAAACUUCUAUUCACAAUGGAAUCAGGAGGCCAGGCAUCACAGAGAUGGUCGAGAGAGGUUCUCUAGAGGCAACUGUUCAUACAACUUUUGGACCCAUAAUGAAAAUGUACCAAGGCCAAACAAAGAGGAAGCCCAACGCUGGUGUAGACAAGCUCGCUGUGAUUUAAAUGCAGCUCACCAAGAUGUUGGUAGGGCAAGCACAGAGUGGUGUCUGUUCAAAAUCCAUCAAGCAGUGGAAAAGUCUCUCAUUGCUGCAAAGUAUAAAAGAGAUGGUCAACAUCCCACCAGCAGCUCAAUCUCAGCCCUUGCUGCAAAAGUUUCCCUCUACAACCUCCAACUGAGAGAUCUGCCUCAGAUUGUGGCCGAUCUGAGGAAACUGGGAGUGGACGCCAAAAAGACUCAGUACCCAAACUGCCAUCCAUUUCCAUGUAUUCCAAACGAACAGUUCAAAUCGGAGAAUGAAAUGUUAGCACUGGCUAAGGCGUCUGAGCUUCUUAGUAAAGUAGAAGCAUAUGUGAAUUAGGGAUUCAAGAUAAACAGCCAUGUUGACAGCAUCAGUUCAAGAUAUUUCGACAUGUUAAAAAUACUGUUAGCCUAUUGUGACAUUACAACAUUACUAUGAAACUCAUAAAAUAAGUAGCCUAUGCUGUGUCUCAUUACUGAAGACCAAGUCAUAAAUCACCAUAUGAAUUUAUGAAAAUGUAAAUAUCAGAGCAUUCUGUUCAUUCGCUCAUGACUAAAAUAAUCACUGUAUUACUUUCAGAAACUAAAGUUUAUUUGUUGUUGUUGUUGUUGCAGUGGUGUAAACAUUUAGGACCACUCUUUGUUAUGACUUUAUGACAGUGCAAAUUUGAAAAAAAAAAAAAAAAUCAUUCAUGUUGUAAACAUUUACAUCUACUCAUUAAGAACAAUAUAAUCUCUGUAGAACUUAUUUUGAAAAUGAAAUAUGAAGGUUUUUUGACUACUCAUUAAGCACCAAUACAAUUUUUGUAUUACUUUAUGACAAUGCAAAUGUCAAAGUUUUUUUUUCUUUUUUAGCAAUGUUGUUAACAUGUGUAACUUCUCACUGAGGACCAAUAUGUAAUCUCUGUAUACUCUGUAUUACGGUUGUGGUUUGGUACCAUUUAUAACUACGCAUUGAGGAUCAGAGUUAUUGUAGUUUUUUGUAAUUUUUGUGAGUAUUGAUUUUUAAUUAGUGUUUAUUUUUUUACUUCAGCUCAGUUUAGUUUCAAAUAUUUUUAGUUAGUUUUAAUAGUUGGUUUCCUUGUUCCGGUUCAGUUUUUGCUGGAAAGUGUUUAGUUUUAGUUAUGUUUUUAUUAGUUUCAGUGUCGCUUUUUAUUUUCUAAGAAGUCUAGAAUAGGUAUUACAAUGCAAACACAUAACUUUGUGAAGGCUCAGUUAAAGUGCACACCCACGCCUCCUCAUGCUUGUUGUGUUGACAAAAAUGUACCACAUUGACAGAUAUUUACUGUAUGAUAUUUUAUUUUAGUUAAUUUUGUAAGUUCACUAUAUUGUGUCAGUUUUAAUUUUUAAGUCUAGUUUUUAUUUUUGUUUUGCUUAACUAAAAUAUUAUAUUAUUAUUUAUGUUAUUUUUUUUUUUUUCCAUCUAGUUUUGCUUAACUGUAAUAAACUCAAUAUCAUCACUGCACAACUUUGUUAUGAAAAUGCAAAUAUCCAGAAUUUCAAGGAAUUUUACCACCAUAAUUUUGGUUCAGAUUUCUACCUUUUACAUUUGAAAAAAAAUGAUGAUAAUAAAAUUCAAUAAAGUACUAAACAGCA